UUUUUUUUCAUUCAGUUGCUCUCCUUUUUCCUAAAACUACCAAAGUUGAACAUGAGUCAAUUACCGAGUGAAUUGAGAGAAGGGCAUUUAAAGGAAGCUACAAAAGUGUUCAAAACGAUAGCACCGACAACGCUAACAACUACAAGAGCUCAGAAUACUCCAGUAAUUACUGCUGCUACCGCUGCUACUACAACGAAUACACAGCCUUUGCAGAAAAAUGUGCCUGCAUUUUUGAAUAAACUGUAUAGUAUGGUCAAUGAUCCAGAGUCGGAUGACCUUAUUUGCUGGGCAGAUGAUGGUCUGUCAUUCUUUGUAAAUCGACAAGAAGAUUUCGCUCGAAAAGUUUUGCCACGUUUUUUUAAGCAUAACAAAUUUUCCUCCUUCGUUCGACAACUCAAUAUGUACGGUUUCCAUAAAGUGCCUCAUUUGCAGCAAGGCGUGUUAGAGACAGAUAAUGAAUCCGAACGCUGGGAAUUCAGCAAUCCUCACUUUCAACGCAAUCAACCGGAUUUACUGUUAUUAGUGACCCGGAAAAAGGGACCCACAUCAUCCUCCGGUAAUGGCGGCCAUGAUGGAGAGAAGGAAAUUUCGAGCUUAGAUUUACAACAUAUUUUAGAAGAAAUACAAUCCAUAAAGAAACACCAGCUCAAUAUAUCGACACAAUUACAAAAUAUUCAAAGAGAUAAUCAAGUGUUAUGGAAUGAAACUAUACAAGCGAGAGAGCGACAUCUGCGUCACCAAGAAACAAUCGACAAGAUUUUAAGGUUUUUGGCAUCAGUUUUUUCAAAUGGUGAAAAGAGACAUGCUAUACCGAGGAAGAGAAGAUAUUUGUUAGAGUCUGGACAUGCUUCUGGUCAGAAUGGCAAUAUAGAAGAGGAACUUAUGUCGCAACCACAAGAUGAGAUUCUAAGUACUACCGGUAGUAUUGAUAAUAAUAUCAGUAAUACUAGCAGCGAUAGUAACCGACCAACGAAAGUGCCACGUAGACAACAGCCGUCGGCUACUAGUAGCUCGGCAUCAACUACUUUCAAUAUUGAUGACUUCGUCAAUGGUAGGAGUGACCCAAGUCAACUUAGCACAGCAUUGCCAUCUCAUGUGAAUCAGAACGCCUUAUCUUCCACCGGUUCUUCUGAUCUAGCCGAUGCUAUUGCCUUGAACAAUCAAGCAAAAAAUGGUAGGUGCUAAUUUUAGUCAUUGUUUACAACAGUAAUUGCAAUCUAAUAAGUCUUACCUAUUUUAUGCAGAAAACCCGACCUUAACAACAAU